CGACCCCCAUAAACAAAACAAAAGCGUUAUUAGCAUGUACACCCUGCUGUCCAGGCAGGUGGCCGUGCAACAGCUUAGGCUAUUGUCCUAUCGGUGGUUUAGCAAGGCCCCAAAAAUCUCGAGACCACCACCAAAGCUGCCGACUACACCAUCGAAUACGCCCCAUCCCCCUAAGGAUCCACCCGACGAGGGCUACGCACCCUUUAGCAUGGACCAUGAGAGCUUUGUGGCGCCCCCAUUUAUGAAUCCCGCAGCCUUCCGUCAGUUUAGCAGCACGGAUGAGAAACUUGGACCAGGUGCCAGCAAGUCGGAGCCGUAUAAGAAUCCGGAAUACUUUGCCUAUCAUCGUUUCUCCUUUACCGAAAUGCAGAACCAGGCAUUGGAGUUGCGCAACGACAGGCGUUCAGCUGGUGGCGUGCAGGCCGUGCCUGAAGAAGAGGAAGAAGAGGAGGAGGAUAGUGGCACCGACGUCGAAACAUUGCAGAAAUUGGUAGAAGAGUGCGAGGCGCAGAUAAAGCAACAAGCACAGGACAUUGAAGAGGCGAAGAGGAAGGCAGCCGAAGAGGAGGAGCGCAGAAAAGCCCAAGAAGAGGAGUGUCGGAAGGCACAGCGAGCUGCAAAGAAAGCGGCCAAAGAGAAGGCUAAACGAGAAAAAUUGGAACAGGAGGAAGCCGAAAGGAAGGCCAUGGAGGAAUGUUUGAGAAAAGCAAAGGAGGAAGAAAAGAGAAAAGCUGAAGAGAAGGCACUAAAGAAGGCCAUGGAAGAAUGCUUGAAGAAAGAACAGGAAGCAAAGCUGAAGGCAGAGGAGGAGGCCGAGAAGAAGUUCAUCGAAGAAUGUUUACAAAAUUUAAGGUUGGAAGCAAAGAAGAAAGCAGAGAGAAGAGCAAAGAGGCGGGCUGAAAGAAAGAGAAAAGAGGACGAAAGGAAAAUGAAGGAGCAAAAUUGUGAAGCGGUAGAGCAUAAGGAAGAGAAGUGUGACGCUCAAAAUAAGAAGGAAGACAAAUGUGAUGAGCAAGAAAAGCCGCCAAAUUCGAAUGACGACUAGCAGCGAACACUUAGCAACGACAACAAUCAGCCACACAGUGACUCCAAAACUGCGCAGCUGAAUUGGGUGCGCGUCUCCACUUAGUACAAAUACAGUUUGGUUUUGCCAGUGCUUCUCAAACCAUUUGCGUCUCCGCUCGCACGGCGACGGCUUUGUUAUUGUUUAUACGUCUGUUCAACUUUUGAUUUGAAUUGUUAAUAAAAACCAAUGCAUAAAAUCAAUCUUA